AUGGAGCGCCCGCAGCCCGACAGCAUGCCCCAGGAUUUGUCAGAGGCCCUGAAGGAGGCCACCAAGGAGGUGCACACCCAGGCGGAGAAUGCCGAGUUCAUGAAGAACUUUCAGAAGGGUGAGCUGACCCGAGAAGGUUUUAAGCUGGUGAUGGCAUCUUUGUACCACAUCUACGUGGCCCUGGAGGAGGAGAUCGAACGCAACAAGGAGAACCCCGUCUACACUCCCCUCUACUUCCCAGAGGAGCUGCACCGCCGGGCUGCCCUGGAGCAGGACAUGGCCUUCUGGUACGGGCCCCGCUGGCAGGAGGCCAUCCCCUACACACAGGCCACCAAGCGCUAUGUUCAGCGACUCCAGGAGGUGGGGCGCGCCGAGCCCGAACUGCUGGUGGCCCAUGCCUACACCCGCUACCUGGGCGACCUGUCUGGGGGCCAAGUUCUCAAGAAGAUUGCUCAGAAGGCCCUGAACCUGCCCAGCUCCGGGGAGGGGCUGGCCUUCUUCACUUUCCCCAAUAUCGCCAGUGCCACCAAGUUCAAGCAGCUGUACCGCUCCCGCAUGAACACGCUGGAGAUGACCCCCGAGGUCCGGCAGAGGGUCCUGGACGAGGCCAAGACCGCCUUCCUGCUCAACAUCCAGCUGUUUGAGGAGUUGCAGGGGCUGCUGACCCAGAAGCCCAAGGACCGUGAUCCCUCGCAGGGACCAGACCUUCACAGGCGAGCCGGCAGCAAGGCACAAGACUCGGCUCCCGCCAAGGCUCCCAGGGGGAAGCCCCAGCCCAGCGUCCUCUCCCAGGCACCUCUCCUGCGAUGGGUCCUCACACUCAGCUUUCUGGUGGCCACGGUUGCUGUGGGGCUUUACGCCAUGUGA